GUGAUGACGGCGCGACAGGUGACCAUGUGGCCGCUCUAGCUUUCCCUCCCAUACCUGUUCUCACCUGUCCCCCUCACACCUGUUCUCACCUGACCCCUCACACCUGUUCUUAACCCACCCCUUCACACCUGUCCUCGCACACACCUGUCCUCACCCCCACAUUUUACCUUUUUUUUAAGCCUUAAGUCCAAAGUCCAGCUGAAAAGUCUCGAUAUUCUGGACUUUAUUUUUGGCCUUGCAUUCACCUGAGUUUUACCUGUCAGUGGUUAGACGUCUUUUGUGGUUAAUGACUAAAUAAAUCUUAUUAUUAUCACAAUUCUCAUAACUACUACAACUAACGACCACAAUUCCUACCAUUAAGUGUCGUCCCCAUUAUCACCACCAUUAACGACAUCUUUAUCACGUGACACCACCACCACUACUACUAAAACCAUCUUCCCUCUACCACUGCUACCACAAUCCCUACCACGCGGCAACAUCAUCACCUGAUUCACUAAAACCCACCACCACCAACAACCCCCCCUUCUACAACUACCCCUACUAUUACUACUACCACCACCAAACCUCCUACAACCACCAAGCCUUCUACCACAACCACCACAAUGUUUCGCACGUCGAGACUUCGGGUCCACACGUGUAAGAUCGUGUUGGUGACAUCUCUGUGGUUUUGAUGGAUGUCGCAGUGAUUAUGUACUAUAGCGACUGUUCCACGGGCUCCGGUUGGGGAUGUGGGCGCUGGAGGCGGCCACGGUGGGAGAUGGCCGGGCCGACCACCACAAGGGCCGGGCCAUCAGAAACCAUCACCCGGAUAAUGAGGAUGUAGAUUUAGCGGAAGAUGAAGGGACUUGUUCAAACGACGCAACAGUCAUUUUCAGAAGUAUCUUCCAGAAUCUUUUACCUGAACCAGAUGUUCUUGGGUGGCAUCUGGACUACCCGCCUGGGGAACUAAAGCGGUGGGUGCCCAUGCCGACGGUACAGGAACACCCCGGUAUGCCUGGAGAGAUGGGUAAACUGAAGACGGCGCCAGGGGAAGAGGCGCUCAUGAAGGAGAAAUUCAAGCUCAACCAGUUCAACCUCCUCGCCUCCGACAACAUCAGCCUCAACAGGUCUCUUCCAGAUGUCCGCCUUGAAGGGUGUAAGACCAAGUCGUACCCACCACUGAUGCCUACUACCUCCAUCGUGAUUGUGUUCCAUAACGAGGCGUGGUCGACCCUCCUCCGUACUGUAUGGUCCAUUAUCCAGCGCUCCCCCAGGGCCCUUCUACAGGAGAUCCUCUUGGUCGACGAUGCUUCCGAGAGAGACUACCUGGGUAAGAAGUUGGAGGAGCACGUCAAGACUCUGCCCGUGCCGGUACGAGUGUUAAGGACGGGCGAGCGGUCUGGGCUAAUCCGGGCACGUCUGCUAGGGCCAAAGGUCACGGGUCAGGUCAUCACCUUCCUCGACGCCCACGUGGAGUGUACGGGAGGAUGGCUGGAACCUCUACUGGCUCGCAUUGCUGAGGACAGAGCUCGUGUGGUGUGUCCAAUUAUUGAUGUUAUCUCCGAUGAAUCGUUUGAAUAUGUAACAGCUUCUGACAUGACUUGGGGAGGCUUCAACUGGAAACUAAAUUUCAGAUGGUAUCGAGUUCCUCAGCGGGAAAUGGAGAGGCGAGGUGGGGAUAGAACCCAGCCACUUCGAACACCUACCAUGGCGGGAGGAUUGUUUGCCAUUGAUAAGGAAUAUUUUGAAAAGAUUGGUCGAUAUGAUGAAGGAAUGGAUAUAUGGGGAGGAGAAAAUUUGGAAAUGUCAUUUAGGGUAUGGAUGUGUGGGGGAACGCUAGAGAUCUCCACUUGCUCCCAUGUUGGUCACGUGUUCCGCAAGUCCACCCCUUACACGUUCCCAGGGGGUACUUCCAAAAUUGUAAACAAAAACAACGCUCGUCUCGCCGAGGUGUGGCUGGACGACUGGAAAGAGUUUUAUUACAGCAUUAACCCAGGUGCACGAAGCGUUGAUUACGGCGAUGUUAGCCCUCGGCGGAAGUUACGAGAAGACUUGAAGUGCAAAAGUUUCCGAUGGUUCCUGGAAAACAUCUACCCUGAGUCACAGAUGCCUCUGGACUAUUUUUACUUAGGAGAGAUUCGAAAUGCAGAGACGCAGAGCUGCUUGGAUACUUUAGGUCGCAAGAGUGGGGAGAACCUUGGCACCAGUUACUGCCAUGGCCUCGGUGGCAACCAGGUAUUUGCAUAUACCAAGAGACAACAGAUUAUGUCCGAUGAUAACUGUCUAGAUUCCUCCAACCCAAGUGGUCCUGUCAAGCUUGUGCGUUGUCAUGGCAUGGGUGGAAACCAGAUGUGGACGUUUAACGACCAGGAUGGAUCAAUUCGACAUGUAAACUCUGGCCGAUGCCUGCAGAAGCCAGAUGCUCGGGAUGUUACUCUGCCUGUUCUCAAGAUGUGUGACGGAUCAGUGAGUCAGCAGUGGAUUAUGAACGGGUCCUUUAAAUGGCAGGCCAAUUAAUUUCCUACCGAGUGUUUGUUUUAUUGAAGUGAAUUGGUGUCAUUAUUUGAUCCCUGAAAUAAUAUGGAAAGAAGUGGUUUGUCGAAUGUGCCCUCGUAACCAGAACUAUGUGAUGCUUGGUGUGGUUGGCAUCUGUAGAGUUUAGCUCUAAUAUUUUUUUGGGUGAUCCAUGUGAAAAUAUAGAUGGUAAAUGUUCAGAAAUUGUGAACUAAACAUAUUUCUCUCAUGGUUGUGAAUGACAGUUGAUGCUACUUAAUGCCCAGUGUAGGAUGUCCCAAUAAGCACUUCUACUACUGGCUACUACAACACAGAUACCAUCCAUGAUGAAACUGGCGAGGUUUUAUCACUUGUACUUAAUGUGAACUGUUAAUGAUGGCCAGAAAGGCAUCCCCAGAAUGUCAUGCCUGUAGAUAUAAACUACUUUCUGUGUAAAGCAAGAAACUGUGGCUUUGUACAAACUGCAAAAGUCGUCUCCUCCGAUGUUUCAGUGUACUGUUUAUGUUAGGCAUUAUAUGAUCCUGACAAACAGCAUUUGAAAAUCAUGUACAUAUUAAUGGACUAUGUUUUGAGCUAUAGAUAAAAAUGUUUCAAUUCAUAUACAAUACCAGUACAGUAGCUUUGAUGAGAGUAAAAGAAAAUUAUCCGGGAAAUUGUUUGAACUCUUAAAAUGUUUGUCCGUGGAAAACAAAAAACCUAUUAACAGACGUGAUACACAAAGGAAAACAUAAGAAGAGAUGCCAACUGGGAGUCACUGUACUGUAGGUGAAUUACAUCUUUUUUUAGGUGGAAUGGACUUAAUCUACAGUAAAUAUAUACUGUAUGUAUAGUGUAAAUAUGACAUUAUCCUGUAACUUCCAGAGUUAUAUCUUCCUGUAUUAUCUGUCCAGGUGAGAAUGUGAAAUCAGUGCCUUCUAAGAAAGCCAGAGAAGGUUUUUUUUAUAUGACGACGUCACACCUGGUAUAGAGAAAGGGCCAUGCUGCUACAGAAGUUACUGGUAAUAUACCAUACUAUCUGAGGAGAGAACUCAGCCAGUAGAAGAUAAAGUGCUGUGAGGAGAGACCUUGUUCAGUGAUAGAGCAACAUAAAAUGUUUAUACUACUUUGUAUUAAUUACUUUAAAAUUUUUAAUUUAUUUUACUUGUUGGGUAUUGUAACUUGGAUGUAAAAUUUAUAAAACUUGAAAAAAUAAAUGGUUAGGCAAAAUCAUAACUAUCUGCUAGUAGGUGUAAUGACACUAGAUCAAUGCUCUGCACUUGCUAACCAAAAGAUGCUGGUGAAGUCUCAUCCUACUUCCUAGAAUGGUUGUUGCAAUGUCAUCCUGUGCACAAUGCUUGUUGUAAUCAAGGUUAAAGCAUAUUCUCUUCUCGGGAUGUACCACCUUGCUAUGCUGAAGUGAUAUAAAAGUGGUAGCUUUCUGCAGUUUUAAAAAAAUAGUUUAGUAACAUCAUGGUUUCUGUAUAUUUUAUUAUAAAAUAGAACAUUUUAUUAACCUUCAUAAAAUAGUGUGAUGUUAGAAAAGAAACUUUGUUUGAAUUACGUGUGGACACGACUCUCCUCAAAACAGCAUUUAGUGUACAGUAGUGUCCAUUUAAUAUUGUAAACAUUUAGACCUAUUUAUUAAUGCCAUAUGUACAAGACAUGUUUGCCUUUGAAAAUUUAAUUAAUAAAAUGUCAGUAAUUUAUGACUCAAGGUUGUAAUGCAGCAGCAGCCUCAUAGUUAUUAUUAUAUCAAACUUAUUUUUCUUGAAGUGGUGGAACCCAACUCCUUUAAUUCUUACCAUAGCAGACUCAACAAGGUGUCAGACAAUAAAGACAGUGGUUGUUAUUAUGACUCAGUGCUUCAGACUAAAAGUACAGUAUACAGGCAGUUAGUGUAUUUUAAAGUUAUUGAGAACAGUCUGUAUAGGGGCCUGUAGCUUAUAUGGCAUUUUAGGCAAAUGUCUGAUUACGUUUCCUGGUAUAUAUGAUAAGGUAAGGGUCUACUGUACCGGCAUGGUCAAACUGUGAUACCUGCACAAGACUUACCAGCGCAUAAAAGUGUUAUUGGUUAUGUAGUUUAUGAUUGCCCAUAUGACUCCCCCAAAAUGUAAUAGUUACAUUCAGAGUACAACAACAAAAGAUACUUCAUGAAUAGGGAACUCCAUUUCAUUGUUUUGGAGAAAGCUUUAUUAAGUAUUCUAAAAUGUAGAGAAUAAUAUAUCAGAUAACAUUCUUUGUGAUGGCUGCUUGCAUGGAUUACACAUUUCUUUCAAGGACAAAAAGGAUGUAUAUCUCCACUCAUGCUUCAGACAAGUUGAAAACCUCUACUUGGUUUCACUUUCGAUGAUAUUGAUUGGAGAUGAAUUAGAGCAGUUAUGUUGUACUCUGAACUCAGAAUACCGAGCAGUUUUCCAUAAGUGUCAAAAAAAUUUCCUGUUCAUUUCUCAGGUGUAGUGAAUGGAUAACUUACCACUUCAUAUCAAUGUGUCAAUAAAAUCAAGGUAUGUGUUAUAUAUAUAUAUAUUAUGAAUGAUGAUUGAUAUUAAUGAAAAUGUUAUGAUUUAUUGAUGGUUUGUAUAAAAAAUUAAUACCAUUAUCUUCAACUGUUGAACUUUUUUAAGAUUAAUUUACAAAACAAUUACAAUACGUACUAUUAAUUUUGCCAUUACUCACAUUGUCAUUACCUUUUGGUAAUGAUUGUUGCAGUUCUUUUGUCAAUGUGUCAGGAUAAUGGUAUCUUAACUUUUUACUGUAUACUAUUUUCAGUGGUGGAGGGAUAUUACUAUUUAUAGAAUGGAUUUAAUUUAAUUUUUUAUUAAUAUUAAACAGUGGUGGUGGAAGCUUUUUGUAUUCAGUUAGGUGUAGAACAUCAAGUUUUGCAAACAUUGUGUUAAUACCAAGACCAUUAUUAAACCCGUAACAGAGGCUGUGAAGCUCAUAAGAGUGAUUUCAUAUACUGUAACUCAUAUUUCCAUGAUUCAAGUUAAAUAUAAUCCAAUAAUUAAUCCUUAAGAAAAAAUAAUUUGUUUUUAAUGUGAAUAAAAUGGUCUUGUAGUAGUAUACAAUUUGUUCUUUUUUUUUUUUUUUUUUAUAUACAAGAUUUUGUAUAUAUUUAUGUAUAUUGACUUAUUUUAAGAAAGCUUAUUUCCAAUUUGAAUUAAAUUUUUACAAAGGCUCUCCACAUAACAUUUCUUUCCACUUGUAUGCUUUUUGAAUGAGUUAAAGUUGUCAAGAUUUCUCAAGGUGCAUUGUAAUUUAAGGCUCAGCUUUACCCGUCUUAAUCUUCUUCAAUUCUCUUACCAAUAUAGCUAAGUUUCUCAUUAUUUUUGUCAGUAUGUUAGAUGCAAAGUAGUAGAUAAUAUGACUCACUUGUGCCAAGUACUU